AUGUCUUCUCAAAAGCAAGCUGUAUUCACCGAAGCUGCGCCUGCGCCCCUGCCCCAGUUCUCCCAAGCCAUUAAGCACAAUGGCCUGGUCUUCUGCUCUGGAAACAUCGGCGCUAUCCCCGGCAAGAAGCUUGAGCUAGUUGAGGGAACUGUCAAGGACCGAACGAGACAAGCUCUCAAGAACAUCGAGGCCGUGCUUAAGGAGGCUGGCAGCAGCCUUCAGAACGUUGUCAAGGUGAACAUUUUCAUCACCAAGAUGGCCGACUUUGCUCUUGUCAAUGAGGCUUACGACGAGUUCUUUACCGAGGCUCCCAAGCCUGCGAGAACUUGCGUGGCCGUGUUCGAGCUGCCCCUGGGUACCGAUGUUGAGAUUGAGUGCACUGCGUUCGAGACGAGCAGAGAGUCCAAGAUAUAA